GUGAUAAAGAAAAAGAAUAUUACUGCUGUAACAAAAACAAAGCUGAAAGUACAAGGCAAAGGUGCAUAAUUCAUGUCAAAGUCAUCCUUGUAUCCCAUCUGCUAAGUGUCUGUUUCCUAUUUCAUUUUAAAUGCAAAACAUCUUCUAGUUAAGGUAAUACAGUUUAGCUGAGAAGUGUGUCAAACAGUUCAGUACAGGGACUAACCACAAAUUUUAAACUAGUUUUCGCAAAAUGAACAUAAUCAAUUAUAAAUUAGAAUGCCUAUGUCUCGUUGGUUUUUAUCAAUUAUCUUUGUUACACUGAUAAGAUAGUAUAUAAGACACACAUCUUAUGUGUCGGAUUCAUAGAAUUAUCAGUUACACGCUGAUUCUCAAGCAAUACUCAUCAUGGUCCGCGAUCGAAUGUCAGAGUUACGCGCUGGUCAAACGGGUAGCACUACAUUUGGUAAAGGAUUUUUACAAGAUGUACACAUCAACAUAUCUCAAAAUAGAAAAUUGAAGGAAGUGUUGGAUGAAGUUGAAGAAGUUCGUGCAUUAAUACAUCUUAUUGUUGAGAAUACUUCUAUUGUUAAGGAUUUACAUAAUAAUGUUCUGUCACACACAAAUAAAGAUAUACAAAAAGAAUUGGAAAAUCGUACGUAUGCUAUUUCACAAACAUCAUUUCGCGUCCAACGAAAAUUACGAGAAAUGGGAAAGGAAAUUGCUGCCAUUGAUGAUUUAACACUAUCAAGUGCAAGAAAUGGGCCCGUGCAUAUUCGAAUUAAAGCGUUACAAUACACGUCGAUGUUACGAUUGUUUUCAGAAGUUAUGGAAGAGUACAACACGUCUAUGUUGAGAUAUCACGAAAAAUGCCGUUUACUUUUACAACAACAAAAAAUGUUAAUCAGGAAGCAUAUCACAAGAGAAGAACUGGAAAAGCUACUUGAUUCCCACGAAAAUAGUUUAUUUGUUGAUAAUAUUUUAGAAGAUAGCAGAAUUGCAAGACAACAGUUAUCAGAUAUACAAAGUAGACACAAUGACAUAGUAAAAUUGGAAAAAUCUAUUACAGAAAUUAGGGACAUGUUUACUGAAAUGGCAUUUCUUAUUGAAAAACAGGGAGAACAAUUAAAUAGCGUGGAAUAUUUUGCUGGUAAAACUGCAGAUAAUGUUGAUAAUGGUCGUGCCGAUCUUAAGAAAGCAGAACAAAGAAGUCACAGACACAGAAAGAGGAAAAUGAAAUUUGGUAUUAUCAUCAGUAUAAUAAUAAUUAUUUUUCUUUUAAUAAUAGUCUGGCAUUCAGUAUUUUUAAAAAAAUGUUAUCACUAA